UCGUAUCCUCCUCACCCACCAUCACUUGCUCCAUCUAGCAAAUCUAGCUAGCCACCUCAUCUCCAGCUACCCAGCACACCACUAGCUCGAGGUAAGAGAUGGCCCGCGCUGCAGCUGCCCAGAUCGUGGUGGUCGCCAUUGUGGCGGCGAUGCUCCUCUCGGCACCUUAUGCCGCCAACGCCGCCGUCUCCUGUGGUCAGGUGAGCUCUGCCUUGAGCCCCUGCAUGGCCUAUGCUAAAGGCGGCGCCUCCCCGUCCGCAGGCUGCUGCAGCGGCGUCAAGAGCCUCGCCAACUCCGCCAAGAGCACCGCCGACAAGCGUGCCGCCUGCAACUGCCUCAAGAAAUUGGUCAGCGGCAUUAGCGGGAUCAAGGCCGGUAACGCUGCCAGCAUCCCGUCCAAGUGCGGCGUCAGCAUCCCCUACGCCAUCAGCACCUCCGUCAACUGCAACAGCAUCAACUGAUCCAUCCGCCACUCCUCGCCGGCGUCACACACUUUUACACCUACUAUAUUAUACAUACUGAAUAAAAGCUCUCAUGCAUCUCCCCGUCAGAGAUUGAUCGAGCAGUAUAGCCAGCCCUCCGUGGCCGGCCGGCAUUGUAUCGGUGUUUCGUUGUUCCCUUCUCUCCCUUUGAGGAGAAUCCAUCGAGAGUUUGCUUUCCAUUACCAUAUUUAUGCACUGCCAGUGUAGUGUCUGGAUUAAUAUAUUUAUUCCGAUAUUAUUUCGUCAA